AAUGCCUAAGAAACUUCAAAGAUCUCUCCAAGAUUACCUUUCCAAAAUCAAGAAGCCUAAUCGCACACCUUCUAUCCAACUCCCUCACAGCUCCAUCUCAGCCUCCAAAAGCUGCAUUCUCUCAGGGUGCAAGCACCCGAAAACACAAUCGUUUGCCAUUGAUGGGGGCAGGAACGGCGUCGGUAGCAGCGGAGGUGGUGGCGGCGGCGGCAACGAUGCGGCUACUCUCGACGACAUUGACCGCUUCCUCUUCGAGAAUUUCAAGUCGCUCUAUCUCCGGGAUGACGAUGGAGGAGUCGGAGUCGGAGUCGGAGUCGGUGCUGUGACGUGCAAGAAGGGCAACGGAAACAACGAGAAGGAAUGUGGCGGGGGCGAUCAAUUUUUAUUCGAAUCGCCGAGAUUCGUCGACCCGCCGGCGAACCUGUGCGGGUCGAACCGGUUCUUCGUGGCCCCCGGCUCGUCGAGCUCCUUAAUGGAGGAAGCCCGCAUCAGUUUGACCAUGUCGGAGGACGUGACCUCCAGCUCCACAUCGACCGCGACCAACACGACCUCCUCGACCACCACCACAACCAUCACCGACGUCACAACGGGGAGCUCAGAUAAUUCCCGCGAGAACGAGACGAAAGCCACGCUCCCCGACGACUGCGUCGCCGUCCUGACGCACUCCACUAGCCCGUACGAUGAUUUCAAGCGUUCCAUGCAAGAAAUGGUGGAGGCCAGGCUCCAGGGCCAUGCAAAGGUCGACUGGGAGUUCAUGGAGGAGCUCUUGUUCUGCUACCUGAAUUUGAACGAGAAGAAGUCCCACAAGUACAUACUGAGCGCCUUCGUGGAUCUCAUGGUGGUCCUGCGUCGGAACCGGGGCGGCGGCAGCGGCGGGACUCCGGCAAGGUCACGGGACAAGGUGGGGAGGAAUAAAGUUAGGAGAGAUGGGUAGCGUCGAUCUAGGUUGAAUUUAAGUUAAAUUAAGAGGUGACUUGGGGAACCGCCCAUAGGUGUUGAAUUCCAUGGCUUUCAUCACAUGCGAUGCGUUGAUAUGGAGAAGGAUCUUAUGUUAAAAUAUGCGUUUAUUGCCUUGAGCUUUGUUUGUUUCUUGUUUUCGGUAAGGUUAAGGAGAUGGCUUACGAUGAUUUUGUCCGGGGGUUGUUCCCCGGUGCAACGCAAGAGCUUGCCUUUGCACGUUCCACAGUGCGGUGUGAUCUAGUUGA